AUGAAUCCGAUAAGUCUGAUUUUUAUCAGGUCUUGUUCUUCAAGUGAGGUUUCUUCUGACGAAGAUGAGCCGUCUCGAAGCAAAUCAUCACAGUCGACCAGAUCACUCCGAAAGCGGAUAUCGCCGGCAGGUUCUACUGCAGUUUCCACAGCGUCAAGCGUAGCGUCAUCUUCUGAAAGCUCUCCUCCAAGUGAGGAUGAAGAUCGCGAUGUUUCCACUGCUACGGAAGAGCCAUCCGUGGCUGUUUCUCAGUCGCCAGUCAAGGAAGUCGACAGAGAAGAGGAAGAAGAAGUUCCUUUGUGGCGAAAGAUUUUGUCUGAAGAGUCGACAGAAUGGUCCGACUCACUACCACGGUCGCUGUACCAUACUCACCUCACGGAACAUUGCUAUUUCAAGCUACCAGGGGAGGAGAAGAAGGCAGAAGAGAGCGAAAAUCAAGAGAAGCAAAAGAAAGAGCCGGUGGUCGCGAAGAAAGGACGACUUAGCAAACACGACAGAGAGCUUCUGGGACUCUUCUCGGCAACUGAAGCUCCGCCUAAGCCAAAACCGCAGAUAUCGUAUCCACCUUGGUCUCUGGUUGAUAAAAUCAGGCAUAUUAAUCAGUGGGAUUGCUGCUUCGAUCCAGAAGAUCAAGAGUACCUACAGCAAGCGCUCUCGGUAUUGCAGCCAUCCACCGAUAAUGGUGUUCCGACGCCAUGGGCAAAGCCCGUUCGGUUCAGUUUCACGUGGUGGGCGGAUAAACCGCGACUUCUGGAUAAACCGAUCAAGAGAGGGCGUUUGGACCAAUAUUUUGCGGACCAGGAACUCGAUGGCAUCUUGCCGAUCAAAGAUGGAUGUGCUCGUACACGCGGUUACUUUAAGAUGUCGAUGAAGGAAAAAAGGAAGUCUGAUUAG